AUGCCAGUGCCAGCGCUUCCCAUCGAACUUGAGAGAGAGAUCAUCACUCUUGCUAUUGAUUGCAUGCAGCAAGCUUACUCGUUCUUGUUUGUUUCACGGAGGGUGCAUUACUGGAUCGAAAGACUACUUUACCGAAAAAUUGUUCUGUCAAGUGAAAGCAUUGCUAUCUCCUUUCUUUCAUCACUUUAUAUUCGGUCCCGUCACUGUGACUUCGCUCGAGGGGCAGUGAAAUCAUUGUGUAUCGAGGGCGAUGUACUUCUGAGUACAGCUGCAGAGAUCAUUUCCCUGUGCAGUGGUACCACCAAUCUUGCAUUAUGGAUCGCGCCAUCGGACUUCAAGAAUGAAACAACAAAUCCUCUGCUACAGCCCUUAGAUGACCUCCCACUAAUAUUGUUAUCACUUAGUAUAUCUCUGAUUUUCCGUUACACCCAGUUGGUCUCCCUUUCCGCUUUCAAAGCCUUCGGUACCGUGACACACCUUGAAAUUCUCAACGGCUGGGUGCUAUGGAACUCUACACUUGAUCUGGAGUAUCUUCAUGGACUGACGCACUUGUGUCUACAUAUCCAUACACGGAGGACUAAACCAAAAUUGGUGGCGUCCCUUCUCACUCUGCCACACCUCCAAGUAGUUGUCUUCCGCAUCUCAGAAGAUAUCAAUACAGUCGAAACAUUCCUGGAAUCUAGUUCCCUUAGCGACUCUCGCAUUGUGCUGGCAUCUCAAGUUCCCGCUGCCUGGGGUGAAUUUGGAGGUGGCGACAUGUCUCUCUGGAAGGGCGCUGAUCAAGUAGUAGAUUUGAGGCGCACCCAAGGCAUGUCUUUUUAUCCUGAAAAUCCACUAUGA